CUGCUGGAGAUGAAGUCGACGGAUCGCAAGCAAACGCUGCUCCAUUACCUGGUGCGGGUGAUCAUGGAGAAGUACCCGGAGCUGACCGGCUUCCACACGGAGCUGCACUUCCUGGACAAGGCGGGCACAGUCUCCCUGGACAGCGUGUUGCAGGACGUGCGGAGCCUGCAGCAGGGGAUGGAGCUGACCCGUAAGGAGUUCAUGCGGCAGGACGACAGCCUCGCGCUCAAGGACUUCCUCAAGGUCAACUUGGAGGUGAUGGAGAAGCUGCAGGCUGACAGCAAAACUGCCAAGGAGGCGUAUGAAUCGGCUGUGGAGUAUUUUGGGGAGAACCCCAAGACCAGUCCCCCCACCACCUUCUUCCCCAUGUUCAUGCGCUUCAUCAGAGCCUACAAGAAAGCAGAGCAGGACAUCGAGCUAUGGAAGAAACAAGAGGCUGCGGCCAAAGAGGCAGAAUCCGGCCCCCCCAGCAGCGAGGACCAACUUGAGGUGAAGGUGCCCCACGUCUCUGUCCUGGUGGGACAGCCUCGAGUGGGCUGCGGGCUCAUCUACGAAGGCAAAGACGGGGCCAUCGAGGAUAUUAUUUCAGAUCUACGGAACAAUCCCUACCGGCGUGCAGACAAGGGCCGCGGCAGUGCCAAGAAACGGGCUGCGGGGCAAAGCCUGCAGGUGAUGCCAGACAUCUCGCUGUGA